UCCAGGGAGAGGUGUGAGGCUUUAACAGAUGAUGGAGAGCUGGCAAAUUUGAUUUGUGCUGCCAGAACAAAUUGACACGUCCAGGAAAUGGGCCGAGCCCUCAACGCGAUUAGGAAGGAGACGAGGUGAACUUCAGCGGGUGAAUCCUGAACCGUCACAGGGUCAGAGGAUGGGAAACGGCAGAUUUAAAAAAAAAACAAACAAAAAAAAACGUAACCUUCCCUCUCCCCCGUUCUCUUUCGAUUUAACUGCACUGAGAGAGGAAGUAGAGGAAGGGAGGGACGGGGCGCAAGGAGAGAGACGGGGACACUGAGGCUUCUGACAGCCAGGCUGCCAUAGCUGAACAUCAGAGCCGCUGACAUGAGUCUGUCUUCGAACUGUCAAAACAAGAGCUUCGCUCCCCGGAGCGGCGCGUCAGCAGAGAGCCGGCGCAGAGGGAGGCAGCCGAUCCUGUGUUGCAAGUGCAGCGCCUCACUUUCCCACUGGUAUUACGAGAAAGAUGGACGGCUGUACUGCAAGAAGGACUACUGGGCCAAGUUCGGGGAGCUGUGCCACGGCUGCAACGACCCGAUCACCACCGGCCUCAUCAUGGUUGCAGGAGAACAGAAGUAUCACCCAGAAUGCUUCAGCUGUCUGAACUGCAGGGCCUUUAUCGGUGAUGGAGACACAUACGCGCUGGUGGAGAGAUCCAAACUGUACUGCGGUCACUGUUACUACCAGACCAUCGUGACGCCCGUGUCGCUGCCGGACUCGCCGCACUCCCGGAUCCCGCACACCGUCACGCUUGUGUCCAUCCCCCCCUCUGGCGAGGGGAACAACGGAUGCAGAGGGCGGGGCUUUUCUGUGGCGAUUGACCAGCCGCUCAGCCCCGCCAAUGGCUUCAGCCCGGAGCAUGGGCGCACUGUCAGGGUGUCCCAAGUGGAUCCUGACUGCAUCAGCCCAGACGUAAAAAACUCCAUCCAUGUUGGGGACAAGAUCCUGGAAAUCAAUGGGACGCCCAUUCACAACGUUCCCCUGGAUGAGAUCGACCUGCUCAUCCAGGAGACCAGCCGGCUGCUGCAGCUCACCAUCGAACAUGACCCUCAUGCUCAGGAGGGAGGCUCCUCGGAGGCCGAGGAUCAGGUGGACGGCUGCCUGUUCACCCCGGUGUCGGACGGCCCCAGCCCCACCCUGCCGAUCACCCAGGCUCCCAACCCUGACAUCAGCAACCUGAAAUCACGCAUAAUCACGCGGAGCUGCAGCAUUGAUAAGUCACCGGGCUCCAGCAACGCAGCAUCACCCGUCUCACACAGGAAGGACAUCAAUCGGUCAGAGUCGCUCCGGGUCGUCUCCAAUCGGACUCACCGCAUCUUCCGCCCGUCUGACCUCAUCCACGGAGAAGUCCUCGGGAAGGGAUGCUUCGGACAAGCCAUAAAGGUGACUCACAAGGAAACGGGGGAGGUGAUGGUGAUGAAGGAGUUGAUUCGUUUUGACGACGAAACACAGAGAACAUUUCUGAAAGAGGUGAAGGUGAUGCGCUGCCUGGACCACCCCAACGUGCUCAAGUUCAUCGGAGUCCUGUACAAAGACAAGAGACUCAACUUCAUUGCAGAGUACAUAAAGGGAGGAACCCUGAGGGAAAUAAUCAAGAAGAUGGACAAUAACUUUCCCUGGAACCAGAGGGUCAGUUUUGCAAAGGACAUUGCUGCUGGAAUGACAUACUUGCAUUCAAUGAACAUAAUCCACCGGGACCUGAACUCGCACAACUGUCUUGUCCGAGAGGACCACACUCUGGUGGUGGCAGACUUUGGCCUGGCUCGGCUCAUGGUGGACGAUAAAUGUGAAAAUAAGCUGACGCAGGGAAAACUGUCGGGCCUGAAGAAGCCCGACCGCAGGAAGAGGUACACGGUGGUGGGGAACCCCUACUGGAUGGCUCCGGAGAUGAUUCAUGGCAAAAGCUACGAUGAGAGAGUGGACAUCUUUUCCUUUGGUAUUAUGCUAUGUGAGAUCAUUGGUCGGGUCAACGCAGAUCCAGAUUACCUCCCCAGAGCGAUGGACUUUGGACUGAACAUUUCUGGCUUCCUGGAGAACUACUAUCCUCCCAAUUGUCCCCCUGCCUUCUUUCCUAUUGCUGCUUUGUGCUGUGACCUCGAUGCAGACAAAAGACCUGCAUUCUCUAAACUGGAGGAGUGGUUGGAGAACCUCAAGAUGCACUUGGACAUUGGUCUGCCGCUGAUGUCUGAACUGGACCAGUUGCACAAGGCUUUCUGGGAGCACCACAGCAUCCCACGCCCUGACAACGGCCUGCACACUCAUCCGGAGCAACCCGAGUGAAGCGCCGCGAGAGGUGUGGCAACGUUGGAGUUGACCCCUCAGGAGACAGUGACCCACCUGCCUCGGGCGGCAGAACGCUGCUGGAGGAGAUUUUCUAAUGGCCCGUCACGACUGAAGCAGAUGACACUGGUUUUAGCUGGCGCAGGCCGGAUGAAUAGACUCAGGGGGAAAAUAUGAAUUUGAAAAGCCACCAGUGUGUGAUGCCUGCACGUGCACAUACACACACAUUCUCACUGCAGCUGCUUCUGAAGCUAAAGUAAAAUAUAUCAUAUGCAAUCAGAAACAAAUUUUCACGCAACACUUCAAUCACAUAGAUUUAGCAGAAGUGGUCCCACUAGAGAAUACUUACUGUGCUUUUUACUGUAGUGUGUAACUUCACAUGCAAAACAUAGCAGCAAAUCUUCAGCCGCGUCGCUUCAUGUCUCCAGACUGCAUGAUGCAGUUUGUGUCUACGGACACUUGCUGUGUUUGGUUUUCUUUUGGAUCUCAGAACAGAAUUUAUUAGAAAUGCAAGCAAAAUGCAACGGCCUCCCAGUGUCUGAGGGACAGUUUGUAGACCUUCUUGUACAAGUGAAGUGAAACUUUUCAAGCUUUAAGUAUCCAAUUGACAAAUGCAUGGCUGUAAAUAAUGCUGCCACGUCAAUUCCCGCUUCAGUGUGCCCCUCUGACCCCAUUCAGUCAUGAACCACUUGGAGUUGCCCGUCUCUCCUGUUUAUACUGUAGCACUGAAUUUAUGGUAAAAGUACACGUCCUACAUUUGGUACUUCUUCUCUCCAUUUAGAGAGUUCUUAGUGCAUACCAUUGACAUUAACACUCAAAUACAUUAUGUGUACAUAAGCGGCAACUUUGUAAAUGUUUUAAAUAUUGAAAAUGUACAGACAUAUUUUAUAUACGUACGUUAUAUCGCCAUAUUUUUAUUGGCUGGCCAGCUGAAAGGAGACUGGAGGUAUCACUGCAGUUAAAAAGGCACGGCAGAAAUAUUUUUUAAUUUACGUGUUGUCACUGUGUCAGGGUAAAUGCUUUGAGACCAUCUUCAAACACCUAAAAACCUCUGCUAAAAAUUAUUUUGAAACAAAAAAAAAAACAAAAAAAACCUGAGAACCAAUUUUCAUAAAUGUACGCAUUCACUUUUCAACCCUUCUGCAAUCAAGUCAAAUGUUACUGCAACUUUGCAGCUACAGUGCCUCGAUGAGUAUUUAUACCAUAAACCUUUUCACAAUUUGUCGCUUUAGUUUGGAAGGAUUUACUGGUUUCCAGUAGAAAGGCUUCAGAACCAUAAACUUUAAUGUAUUUUAUUGGGAUUUUAAGUUGAUGAACUGGUUGGACUUGUCUCUGCUAACUUUGCGCAUUUACCGACUGAGAUCUUUACCCAUUUUUCUUUGCACAAUAGCUCAAUAUCAGUCAGAUGCCAAGUACAUGGUAUUCAAUUCAUUUCAAAAACGUCUUAUGAAUCCUAGAGAAACAAAUGAUUAAAUAAGAUAUACAUUUUAUAGCUAUCAUCAAUUUUCUCAAUUGGAUUUGGGUCUGGACUUUGACCUGUGAUCCAUGAUAAAGCUGUAGCUUUGACUUUAUGUGUAAGGAAGUUUUGCUGCUGAAAUCCUCUACUUUUUCACUAGAAAGUCCCAAUUUAAAACAUUGAAGUUUCUGUUUGUGUUCUGAGAAAGUAUGAAAAAACUUGAGGGGUGUAAAUAUGUUUGGAAGGCGCUGUACGUAUUCUGAUCAUCUCUAUUCCCCAUCCUGGAAAAAAAACCAAUAAUCCAUGCUCUCAUUUCUGAUGUACUGCAUCAUAGUGAAGGUGUUACAUCACCAGGUACUGCCUCAUCAUGUCAGCUGUCUGUCCAUGUUCCUGUCUGUCCUCCUGAGGAUCGACCCCACUGUUUGUUUACAUAUAAGAGCUAGAUGUACUGUAAAUAUCUCUGUAUAUACGCGUCUGUCUCCUCAGAAAUAAUCUCCAGCACUGUCAGACUUCUGCGGCACCUUCUAACAAACCGUCUCUCUGUCUUUAUUCUGCGAAUCUUUUAGUUUAUUUUAAAUUUGCUGCAUGAUGUAGUGGCCAGGUCUUCGCCGCUUUUACUACAAACUUUUGUUUGCACUAACUGGCCGAUCUGGGCCGUGUCUUCUUGUUUCUUUUUCUCUUGGGCUACUUGUGAUAAGGAAAAUGAUAAAUGUGAGUUCAGGUUGAUAUUUGAAUGCAAGCCGCUGAUGGAGCCUUUCAACUGUUAAAAAAAAGGGAUCUGGUAAGUUCACCCUCUCAGUAGCAAAUUGAACUUAUUUCAUUAUUUAGAUGCAGCUCAAAUUGAAUUAAAAUCGUGUGUGCCAUGCAAUAUAGUGCUAGGCACAGAAAAAGCUAGCUGGGUUGCAUUUUAGAGAUGAAACGCUGGUGUUUUUGCUACUGUGAGGUUGUGAUGACCCAGUUCUGCCUGCCGUCUACAGACUGGCUCUUUGUGAGUGCUGUUCUGUGCUGUUUCUGACUGCUUGUGAUGCCCACAGAGGCUGCAAUCACUCUUUCUGAGAGCUGAGCACUAAAAACCUCACCUCUUCCUCACCUUAAAUCUUUUUGGCUCAGGGCCGUAAUUUCUUCUGGAGCUUUUUCCUCAGAUCUUAAUAAGUACCCACCGGUAACAGUGAGACUGGAAGAGCAUGUUAAACGCCUGUCACUCUGUAGGGGAAAAAUUAACAAAAGCCCUCCCCCGUUUCUCACAUGCAUGCACACACAAGUGGCUCCGUGUUUCCUCCACUGCUCCUGUCUGAGCCAUGUCGAGCAUAUUAGAUGUCAGCCAGGACGUGUUGAUCACUGAGAAUGUCACCGCAGCACUUCUUCGCAAAGGAUCGUUACCUCUGAACAAUGCUGUGCCUUUGUUGUAAGCUAGCCUUGCCAACGACUCGAAAACAUGAACUGAUUUCCUGUUGAGUUUUUAUUUUAAUGCAUCAGCCUGAUUCAAGCGAACUGAACAUCAGAGUUGACACCAUGACCUGUAAGAUUUCAUCUUCUUCUGUAUCAUAUUUAUAUUUUCAGGAUCUCCAUUGUGAGUUUUGAUACUUUGUUAUAAUAUUCUUUUUUUGUCUUAUUUAAUUUUUUUUUUUUUUUUUUUUUUUUUAAUUUUUUUUUUUACACAAGCUGUGAAAAACGAUUCUGCACUUUAAUCCUGACCAUUUGGACUCUGAGGAGGUUACUGUGUUUUUGUUUGUUUUUUUUCUUUAUUUUUUGUCACAGCUGAAAAUAAAAUGAUGCUUCUUAA